AUGCCUCGAAAGUCUAACAAAGUGUCGAAAGCGCUAAAUGCAGCCGUCAAUCGAUGGAAACUGAAAGUUGAUCUCAAACAGCAAGACGCUUCAUCGUCAUCGUCAUCUUUAUCAUCAUCGCCAUCGUUAAACGUCGAGAUGGGAAGUAUUGUAGAUCUAGAUUAUGACGAGACAAAAGAUGAAAGCGAAGGUGAAGGCGGCAACAAGAAUUCAAAACUCAAAAUAGAGUUGCCUAUAAUUGGCGAUUUGUUUGAAAUUUGUAAGAGUGCGUGUGGAUCUCGUAACUUGUCAGUUCUUAUUUAUACAAUUCUUCGCUAUCUCAAUAUCACAUGGCGUGACACUGGCGGUCUUCUAAAAAAUAUUGGUGCUUACCGGUGUGAAAAUGCUCAUAAGCGGGCAGAAAUUUUCAUUUCAGGUGAUAUUGAAGUAUUUCAGGAGGAAGGUCGAGAAGGUAAGUAUCAUGAAACAUUUUACGACAUGUUUCCAGAACUCGAGGCAGACGCUAAGCUUUUCGCUAUUGAAUCUUGUUCGCAUAAAUCAGCUGAUUUUACAGCAAUCGACUUGGCGAACUUCAUCGAUGAAAAAUUCUACGAGCUAACACAAACUUCAAAACUCGAUGAUGCUCUAGUUCGUUCAGUCGAGAGUUGUCGUUUAGAUCUUCGACGUUGGGGUGCCAAAUUUCAACCAAAUACUCAAAGGCCUUAUUUCGAGGGUCAUGAAAGGCAAGAUGUAAUCACUCAUCGACAAGAAUUCAUUUCUUAUUUUCUUCAAAGGAAAGAUUUGUAUUAUACAAUAACCGAUGGCGAUCAGCCUGUAUGGAAAAUUCCUUCACAUAAUCCUUCCAUUCUUAUCUUUCAUGAUGAAUCAACUUUUAAGAGUGGGGAAAUGUCGGCUAAGAGGUGGACAGUGGAAGGUCACACUCCUUUUUUUUCCAAAGGUCGUGGCCGUUCCUACAUGAUCAGCGAUUUCAUAGUCCAACAUCCAAGUGGACCGUUCUUCUCUCUUUCUGAUGCCGAGUAUGGUAAAGCUGUCAAAAAAUUUCCUUCUCUUUCUAGUGAUGAUGAUGUUUUAAUCUAUAUUAGAAACUCAGCUACCGCCGGCAUCAAUGUAGGUAUUGAAGGCUAUUUCGACAACGGAACGAUUCUUUCUCAGUUUGAACGUUUCUUUCAACUUAUUUCUUUCAAACAGGAUUUCAAAGGUCAUGAUAUUGUCGUAGUAGUAGACAAUGCUCGUACUCAUUCGGCGCGUGAGUAUUCUAUUAAUGAAUUUAGUAAAGGAAUAGGUACGAAGUGUCCCGCCGACUCAAUUGAUUACGUUGAUCACACAGGUAAGCUCGUUUCUAUUUCAUGUAGUUUCACAACUGGUGAGUAUCGUGGAAAGACGAAAGGUUUGCUUCAACUAGCAAAAGAAUUAAAAGUUCCUGUUCGUCAUUCGAUCAAUCUAGUCGAACUGCGGGCUCUUCUUGCACAACAUCCUGCAUUCCAAAAUGUUUCCAAACUGGAAAUAUUAGGAAAGAAGUAUAAUAUUAAGGUAAUAUUCUGUCCGAAAUUUCACUGUGAAUUGAAUGCCAUCGAAGGCCUUUGGUGUCAUAUGAAGCAAUACGUAAGGAAAAAGAGUGAUCAGACAUUUCCAACGAUGCUCCGUCUCAUUUCUGAGUCUCGUGACAACUUCAAAGAACGAAAAAUUCACAUGAAGCUGUUUCGUCGAUUUUGGCGCUCCAUUGAUGCUUAUAGUCAAGGUAAGUCAUACGGUGAAGUUCUUUCUCUCUUCUUCGGUCAAGCAUGUAAGUCAGAUGUUGUAUCGCAUCGCAAAAUCACCAACAGUAAACUCAAGUAAACGAUAUUACUUUUUUAUUUCUCAUUUCUCUUUUCUCCAUUAAUUGAAAAAAAAAUAUAAAAAUCAAAAAUCAAAAAAAAAAAUAACUUCAAAAGCCCUGCGGGGAACAAAAAAAAUUAGAUUAGUUGCGGUUGACUUCUCCAAUGUGCAUUCGGCUCUAAGUGCAGGAGAAGAUAAACAUGUCACUCGAUUUCUUUUAAGAGUGACAUGGCAAAGAAAUGCACGUUUCAGAUACUUUUCAUAAGAAAAUUUUUUCCCGAAGGUCUUCAGAGAUUCGAUAGACGUCUCUAAAUAUCUCCAUUGAAUUCUACACGAUUUUUUACCUAUAUGUUCAUGUCGAAAUCGAAAUUGGACGAAGUUUGACCCGAAUGAUAAAAACAUGAUUUUUUUCAACAGCAUUUUUUUCAGUAAAAUCAGUUUUUCUCUAUGAGAAAAGAAAAUUUGUCCAAACCCAUGCUAGGCGUUUUUUGCCUUCACUUGACGGUUCGAAUGAUAUGAGAAGGUUGGGGAAAUGUUGUAGAACAAAAGACUAGAUAGGUUUGGCAGAAUGACGUGUCGUUUGUGUCAUUUGACGGCCGUGUCAGUCUUACUGAAACAGAUAUGAAUGAUGAAAAAUUCUUAAAUUAUUACAGUUCUACUCGAAUUUUGAUGCUGAAUCUGAAUAACAAAGUUUCGAAGUCUCAUCAGUAUUAUUAUUGAUCGAAAUUUUGAAAUUUCUUAAAAAGUGCGAAAUAGAUCAUUUUCAUAGCUAUUUUUCGUAUUUUGAAAUGUUUUCAUCCAAAACGUGAUCAACAAAUGUUUUAAAGGUGAUAUUCGUGAUCAGCUCAACAUGCUCUAUCUAACUGUGUAAAAAAUAAAGAAAAAAAAUGUUUGCUCAUGUUUUGCCUCUGGUGCACCUUAUAUGAAAUAAAACGACUCAUAAAGAGUAUGUGCAUCCAACUGCGACUUGUCAAGCAAUAGAUAUGAUCCAUUAAAGAUGUCCAAGUAAAAUUCAAACAGUUUCUUCAACUGACUUCGCAUACCUAAAUAAUUUUUAAUUUCCUUGAUCUCUUCGGUUUCCUGAGUACUCAGUACAAAAAUAAUUCUACUAAAAAUGAUUCUUUAUUCGAUUAUACGGUUUGUUUAAUGGAACUCGAAUUUUUUUCGAAGAUCAUCAGUGAAAAUUUUACGACUAAGUGCUGUAAUUUAUCAUUCCACAUGCUCCCUUGUGCUCUUUUCAGAUACUAGCAUAAACCCUAUCUCACCCAUUUAAGAUGUCAAAAAUAAAACAAAAUUUGGUGUUGAAACUUUUAAUUUAUCGUUACCUUCAAUCAUUUCAAAGUGCUAUUCGCAGAUUUAAAAAUGCACUCCAGAAUCAGCUAAGCGCCGAAAUUUCACGGGAAUCCAUGUUUUAAUGUUCAUAAAUAUUUGAUCCUCUCUCUUUGUAUCCAGAUUAGUGUAAUUUUGACAAAUACCUCUCUUCGACUCCUUUAACUAGGACAUUCUAAUUGAU